AUGAAUAACAAUCAAUCAGAUAAUUUACAUUGCUGUGAAUAUAUUAACAUGAAUGAAGAAAAGUCUACCAUAAUUCCUGAUAUUUGUAUCUGUCCGCCUUGUGGAAACUGCUGUUCAAAGUAAUUAUACUGAACACUUAUAUUAUUCUGCCUGCUGGUUCUGUUAUUAAUUGUUUUAGUUUUUUAUUGGAAUGUCCAUACAAAAUAAUUCAUAUAAUUUUUGUUUUCUAUAAAUUAUAAUAACCUUAAAUUUUUUAAUAAAUCAAACUAAUUGGAUCAUUUAAAAAAAAAACAUAGUUUUUGAGAUUAACACUAUAAAAUAUGAAGAAUAAACUUGGCUUAGAAUAUUAUAUAACUUGUAUAUACUUAAGACUAGUUUUGAUUUUAAAAAUCAUUAUCAAGCAUAAUUCGCCUUCAUUGUACUAUAUUGGCUGAUGAUAAUUUUUAAAUCAAAACCAGUUAUAAAUACACACAAACUAAAUAAUAUAUUUUUAUUUUAUUGUCAAAUAAUGUUAUUGAUAUCUAUGCCAUUUUUAAAUAUUUUAAACAUACUUGUAAGAAUAUAUAAUACAUUAUUGUUGAUAGAUAUAACAUGUAUUUAAUAAGUGUAUAGAAUUAAAUUUAUUAACAAAUAUAAAUAACUUUCCUUGUAACCUCCUUCCCUAUUAUUUAAAGUCCGCUAAUACAAUUAAUAACAAGUUUAAAAAUAAAAACUAUGAAUAAUGUAAACAAUAUUUCGGAAGAUAUUAAAGUAAGGCAGAUUAAUAAUAAUUGAUUAAAAGGUAUCUUAUAAACUUAUAGAAUUUGUGUUGAAUGAUAAUUUACAAUAGUAUAAAAUCUAAAAUUAGUUUUUAAACAACUACAGUUUAUAAUUUUCACUAUGUUGUCUAUGGAAUGUUGAAUUAUAGUUUUUAAUAAUGGGGAUUGAUUAUGUGGCUACAAUUCUAUUCUAAAGAAUCAAUUUUAUACUUAAAUACAUUUUUAGAUUACUAAUAAUAAUUGUAAUUUUUUAUUUAUUUUAUAGUUUAUUUAAAUAAAAUUAUAUUUUUCAUUAUAUAUAUGAAGAAAGAGAAUCAUUUUUUCCUCAACUAUAGACUCAUUAAUACUGAGAAUUAUUUUAGUUUAAAAUUUGUACAUUUUUACUAGAAAUAGAUUAGUAAAACCCAAUAAUAAAAUGAAAAAGUUUUUAAAAAUUAUAUAAUUAUAAUUUCCAAGAUUCAGUGGCACCAUUUGGACACACAGCCUCUAUCCAAUAUAUGUAUGUAGGUAUUGAUUUAUGUAAGCAUUAAAAAAUAAUAAAUGAUUAUUAGUUUCAAAUAUGCUUAAACUAUGUACUUAAAUAUUUUUGAAAUACUAACACCAAAUUUGCCGGCUUACAAACAUGUUUUUACCUAUUAUUUUGACCUUUGAUAAAUGACACAUUUAUAAAUAAUUCAUUUUAGUCAUUUUAAUAUAAUAAAUAUAAAGAUUAUCAUGUCCAAAUACAAAAAAAAAAAGAAGAAAUUAUUUAUUUUGUCAACUUUAAAAUUAAAUUAUUGAUGAUUUUCUUAAUCAGUUAUCCAAAUUUCUAAGUUUGAUGAUCACCAUCCUGUUUUUUUAAAAAUGCAAACUUCUUAUAAGGAUAAGUCCUAACCUCCAGUAAUAAAUAAUUACAGAAAACUAAAAAAAAAAAAUUAUAAAUAAUUAAAGAUUUAAAAUAUUAUUUCACUUAUUACUUAUAUUAUAGUAGUACUCUCUGUUUUUCUAUCUUACUGAAAAUUACUUACUAGUUGCUACUCAGAAACUAAUUGUAGGCACAGUAGGUUUACAAAAAUAUUAAUUCUGGAAAGUUUAAAUAAGAUUUAUAAAUCAUUACUAGUAGUUAUUACAGGUUGUUGUCUUCUACACCAUUUGUAUCUGGUAAUCUUUACUUUUCAUUCAUAAUUACUAAUAUUUAUCUAAACAAUUUUUAAAUAAAUAUGUAAUUAUGUACUAUUUUGUAACAAAUCUAUUUUAAUUUGAUUUGUUGAUCAAGAUUUAUUAACAAAUUAAAAAUCUAGCGCAUUCGAAGAAUAUUUUGGUUUUAUAAUGAUGUUUAAUUUUUAAUUUGUUUUUUUAUCUGUAAACAACUUUUCUUCCAGGAAUCGUGAUUUGAUAUAUCUAGUGUAGUGUCUUUUCUGAAAGGAAACUUUAUCUGCGUGAUACAUUAAGUAAGCCGGUCAUUUUUUAAUUUUCGAAGCAGUUUUCAUAAUAAUUUAAAAAACUUAUAAAAAUUAACAAUAUAUUAUAUUCAAUUUUAUUUUUGUUGUGAUUCAAAUAAAACUAUUCGUAGAGACUUGAAAUUUACAAAGAAAAUUUUAUUUGCCUUUUAUAAAUGUAAUACAUUCUUCAAAACAUUUUAGUCAUUUUUGAGCUAUUUAUAGAUAUUUAAAUUUUGUAAGAUUUGUACGUAAUUUUUAUUCAUUAGGUACUCUGUAGAUAAAAUUGUUAAAUCAAACAGAAAAACUUGAAAAUUUAACAAGAGUAUUAUAAGUCGUACUUUGUGGUCAAACAAAAAAAUUGAGUGAAAUGUAGAAUUUUUUUUAUAAGAAUUUUAAUAUUAAAUUUUAUUUUAAAUAUUAUAGCCUUUCAAAUUAUAUAUAUCUGAAUUUUGCUCAGAAUCGUUUUUUGUUAGCAAUAAUUAAUCCUUACAUGCAGAUGUACAUUAAAUUUGUCUCUAUAUCUUACCUAACUUCUCACCUACAAUAGUGACUCACCCAUUGUCCAAAGUAUGUCUGUCUUUUUCUAAACUUAUCUAUUUUAAUUGGUAUUAUUUAAAAUAACCAAUUUUCUCUCUUUUCAUUUUCUGUCACUCUGGUUUCUGUGUACUAAAUUGCAUUGGUAAUAAUAAUACAUAUUAUUAACAUUUUAUUUUUUACAUUAUUUCAGUUUAUUGAAAUGUCCACCUUCUAGAGAUAUAGAAAUAAAUAUAAUGGUGGCAAAUAUUCAAGAUCGAUUUAGAAUUCCAUGGCGAGGAGGAGCAAGGCGUAUUUCUUUAGAUUCAGCAGUUCCAUUAUUACUUUUCCCAGCUGCUCUUUAUUUUGCAGCUCAAGGUUUUUGGCCAACAAUAUUAAUAUUUUCACUGGUUACAUUGUUCCUUUAUUAUACUCAUCGCACUGUUCGCAAGUAUAGAGUGGCCACAAAGUUCUUUUACGUAUGGACAUUAACUUCAGCUUCAUUGGUGUUCAUAAUAUUCCAAUUUCUAGUGGUGUAUAUGUUAGAUAUUAAUACUGAUGAAAAUAUUAUUUUUACCAUUUUUAUGGUAGCAACAGCAGUUUGUUUCUUCCGUACUAAGAAAUUGGCGAUUAAAUCUCAUUUAAAACAAGAUCUAGAAAUGACUAAUCUCAAUGAAAACGAAGUAGAUGAAAAUGCUAUUUUAUUAGAUGAUACUGAAGAUAUUCUAUGUAGUCCAUGUAAAAGGGUUGUACCGCCAAGGGCAUAUCACUGCUUUGUAUGUAAAACCUGUGUAAUCCAACAACACGUACAUUCUUAUUGGUAAGAUUUCUAUUAUUUAUUUGAAGUAUGAUAAAUAUAUUUUUAACAUGUUUUUUUUGUUUGUACAGGAUAGACUGUUGCAUUGGAAAACAUAACAGAAAACCAUAUAUUGCAGGUCUCAUAUUAGGUGCGAUUUUGUUCACAUUUUUAUCAAAUCUCAUUCUUACUACACUGUGUCAUCCUUUUAAUGUGUUUGCGACAGUAUUGUUACCAGACGACUGCAGUGAUGUUUACUACGAUAUAGUGUAAGAAAAUUGUAAAUAUUUUAUUUUAAAUCCCCCAAUAUAAUUUUGUGAAUUUGUUUCAAUAUCAGUUUACCAAAAGAUUAACUGUUGAGUUAAAAACUAUGUAAAGUAGUUAGUUAGAAAGUUACAUUAUAUUUAUUUUUAUAUAGAUGUUAUAAUAUACUACAUUAAAAUUCAUAUGAGUUAUUAAUGUUUUAUACUAAUUUUACUAACGUAUUACUCAUAAUCAAAUAUGUAUUACUGAAUACUAAUAGACAUUGAUUCAGAAAUAAUUGAUUUUUUUUUUCUCAUAACUAUAAUUUGAUUUUUGUAUUAUUUUCUUCUAGGUAUGGUAUUUGUUUUGUAUCUGGACUUUACUGUUUUGCAGUUGCAGUUAUUUUAUUAUUUAUGUUUCUUUAUGAUACAUAUAUGGUAUCAUUAGGAAUCACCUACCACGAGUGGCAAGAGCGAUGUAAAGAAUAUAAAGGGGAUCGUCCUUGGUUUUUAUCUAGGCAAAUUAUUGGGAAUGUUGGGUCUAACUGGAGAACAUUCUUUAAUAAUAUCUGA